CGUCUGAUAAAGAGAAUUGAUAAUUUUUCAUCACACAGGGAUUUUUGUUUUUGAAAUUGGGUUGUCUGUCGUGGUGGUCAGGUCAAAUUUUAUUCGUCAUUUAUCAUUGCUGUAGAGUGGUAUCUUAUGAUGCCUUUACUAAUUAGAGAAGUGGCUGAUAUUAUGCGGAUUGUCGAGUGGGAGUUAGAAAUGGAGGAUGGUGGUGGGACUAGUGUCGAAACUCUGUUGUUGGAUCGUUUUCCUGAAUGUAGGCCUUUUUUAACCCUUACCUGCACGUACGGUGAAGUUGUUUCAAAAUCUGCUGGUAGUUGUGGGUCCCGUACGAUCUACCUGUCUUUGGUGCAGCCUGAGAAGCCGGUAGUCCGAGACUCUGAAGCGAUUUGCUCCGAUAGGGGGACGGCUGAUGUUAUUCCGACCUGGUGCUGCAAGCCGACGUCCAUUUCUGUUUCUUUUGGUGGAACGAAAGAGUAUAAUAUGAAACGCGAAGAUACUUUAAAUGAGGCGAAGUGGCUUUACGAAACAACCAACUAUCCCAAUUCCUAUCGGUCAGAGGUUGCUGGUUUGGUUAGAUUUUCCAUCAAGUUCGGGACUUUCGGUGUCAGCGAGAUGUUUGAAGCUCUUAAGCACGUAACGGACUACUUUUUCCUCCAACAAUCGCAUUGCGACGUCCAGUUUUGCUUCCCAAAUGACGAGCAUCCAAUCGGAGCACACGUAAAAAUUUUGUCAUCAAGGAGUUCCGUUUUCGCCGCAAUGUUCCAGCACGAGAUGCAAGAAUCUAAGACGGGCAAGGUCUCCAUCCAAGACACGGGACGAGACAUUUUCUAUCAACUGCUUCAUUACAUUUACUCCGGUCGAAUUCUGACGUCGUUGACUGAAGAUACAGCUCAAAAGCUACUCUUGGCAGCCGAUAAGUACAAUGUGACUCAACUUGCCAAAGAAUGCACCAGUUACUUGAUUGCAAACAUCCAAUGGGACAAAGCUGUUGAUUUGAUGAUCUGGGCUCACCUGUAUUCAAUUGAUAAAAUCAAAGAAGAGGCGCUCAAAGUUGUCGUCAAAAAUGGAAAAAAGGUUUGCCCUCUGGAUUCGUGGAAGGAGCUGGCGAUUAAUUAUCCUCACCUUUGUUUGGAGGCAACCAGGCGCAUGAUGGCAUAACAUGCUGUUCUUUUCAUAUAAGUAAACCGAUAGGUGAAUAUUGUUGGCACAUUUUGGUUUUCAUGUCGUUUUGGUUUGAGCAAGUCCUGGACGGUGUACUAAAUUAGAAAAUACUUCCGGUUGAAUAUUGCGUUAGGAAAUUAGUGAAAAUUGAAAAAGAAAAUGAGGUCUUUGCUGUGCUCUUUGUACUGUACCUUGUUACGUCAUGGAGAUUUUGUUUCGUGUUUUCAAAUAUCAGCUGAAAAUUUUUGUGCAAUCAGUUGGACUUUGGCUUGGCAUCGCCGUUUUCUAACGUAUGGCUCCCUUUGAAGUAAAGAUAAGAAUAUUUCCAUCAUUUCCUAUCUUGUUUACCUGCUCUUUUAACAACAGUUGCAGAAAUUUAUGAAAUGUCAGUGUGGUAAGCCUGUCACAUGUCCACAUUUUCGUGUAGCCGCUAUUUGAAGUUCCAGUUUGUCGUUCUAGCAGUGUUGAUUAAUAGACUUUUAAAAGGGU